GGAGUAUUUCGACCGUUACUGGGUAAAUGCAGUGAUGGCAGAGAAGAAGCUCUACCAGGAGUCUGUAUGCCAUUGACACCGCCUACUAACGGACUGAUCACCUACAUCCAAGCAGGGAGACAAGAGAACUUUGAAAUUGGAACAACAGCUUUGCUCUACUGUAUGGCUUCGCAUGCCGUGACCGGACAAGCCACAGUAGUCUGUUCCAAAGAUGGUUGGCAACCAUCCAGUGGGCUAGGCACGUGUGAUCCAACAGAACGCCAGAACUAG